AUGGAUCAAGACGUUGAACGUUUUGUCAAAACGUGCCACGGAUGCCAACUAGCCAGUGGAUCAAGUAAUCCGGAGCCAAUGACGCCAACUCCAUUGCCAGCUGGGCCUUGGCAGGAUGUUGCGAUAGAUCUGAUGGGUCCAUUACCUUCAGGAGAAUUCAUACUUGUGUGUGUGGACUAUUAUAGUCGAUACUAUGAAAUAUACAUUAUCAAGACUAUUACGUCUGAGAAGAUAAUUGACUGUUUAGAGAAAAUGUUUAUCAUUCAUGGACUGCCAGUGACCAUAACUAGUGACAAUGGUAGACAAUUCGUGUCAGAUGAGUUUGAGAAGUAUUUGUUCGAGAACAAUAUUGAGCAUAGACGAACAACGCCACUUCAUCCUAGUGCCAACGGUGAAGUAGAACGGCAAAAUCGAACUCUGCUGAAACGUAUCAAGAUUGCGAAUGCCGAAGGGAAGAAUUGGAAGAUUGAAAUCCGAAAGUUUCUCCUAGCUUACCGCACAACACCACACAGUACGACAGGUGUACCACCAUCGGAAUUGAUGUUCAACCGAAAGAUCCGAACUAAGUUACCUGAAAUUCAGUUUUCGUUGAAUGAUGGGGAAGUACGAGAUAGAGACAUGUUCAGGAAAGAGAAAAUAACGCGAGUCAGAAACUCCACACAUGUGAAGGAAUUCCGGGAACCAGAAGUUGAGACGUCAGAGGUAACCAAUGAUGAUCCACCUGCGUUAAGUCUACCACAUGGAGACGCUGAUGCUUUCACGGAUGUUCCAUCUACGCUGUCGGAUACUCUACCAACUAGACCACAGCGGGAUCGACGUGUACCGGUUAAAUUCAAAGACUAUGACAUGGGCUGA